CGCCGUCUACUUAAACCUUCCUCGUCCACCCAACUCCCACAACCACACCAUCCACUGCCAAAAACUCGCAGACUACAGUUCGGACCACAACCAUUGACAUCGGUAAGACAGUUUGUUUUUCCCUACCUUUCCUCUCCCUAUUCUUUUUACUCCAACUAUGAGUGCGGCUCAUAGAUAUAUCCGUCACGUGGGCCUGAUAAGGUGGUUGUGGUGAGGAAGCCUCACCGAAAAUAUCCACAUAACACAUAUAUCUAUCGGCCGCACUCGUAUUAUUCUCAUUAUGGUGGUAUUUCUACCGAAGCUUUUACUCUUAGAAAAGAAAAAAUUUCCUAUCGAGGUUUACACUCAGUUGCCUAUUGAGCCACACUUUAUUUAGCUCCAUCUCCAGUUCAAUUAAAAAAUGCGUUACAUUGCAUUCAUGAUUUGUCAACUAACUUGAUUCUUUCAGGUAAUUUCCGGUAAAAUGACAUACCAAUGGGACGAAACAAGGAGCUAUGAUGGGCUUGGGAGCUACAGUGCACCUGGAUACCCCCCCACACCGCCGAAUGUUUGUUUCGGACGGCCGAGCGGCACACCCAGACCAGCCCCCGUCCACCACAAUUUUCCGCACCGCCGUGCCAUCGAGACUUCAAGUUCGCCUUAUCGCCACAUGGAAAACCGUAUUACUGACGCCGCUUCCGGUCCUGUUGAGCCGACCCCAUCUACCGGAGAUCCUGAAUCCGUAUCCGUUGGUGAAUAUGUACGGAAAUUUCAAAACUGGCGGUUAGGUGCUGAGAGUUUUGGCUCUCCUGCGGGUGAGGAGGGAUUGGAGCUAAGAAUGCAAAUGCCUGAAUCUGAUUUUAUCGGAUUCAGCGAGAUCUUAGGUGUAGGCGAUGACGAAAAGUAGAACUCCGUCUCGACUCCACUUUAAAGUGAAUUACUAAGUAGUGUCAGGUUUCCAAAAAUUGCGUUUAAUACGUUAACCUCGAGGCUCAUCAUCCAACAUAUCCCAACCCCGAUUCAUGAAAAGGUUAUCAGCACAAUCUCGGAAGGGUUCAAUCUGACAAGAAGUAGCCUCCCCAUACAACUUUUUCAGAGAAUCGACAUCGUCUACAAUCAAAAAUUCCGCUCCUUUAAACGUGGUUACAAAGGGUCCCGAAAAGUACCCGAUACCAUGGUUCAGGUGGAAAAUGCAGCAGGGACUCUGGAGGUAAAGUUCAUAUUGGAAGUUGGUUAUGCUGAGACGUAUGACGAUCUGGUUCGGGAUGCCAGAAUGUGGUUAGAGGGAACAGACACCGUGUCCACAGUGAUGCUAGUAAAAAUGAAUGAGGAUCCCGCUUAACAAAACCCAACCUCACGACUUACCGAUGAGGAGUUUGACAACCUAGAAUUUCCUCCAUCUGAAGAAGUUUCCCAAGAACUUUUCUCCCUGGAUGAGGCCCAUGGACCUGCUUGUUAUAAAGGUCUAUGCUGGGUCGGCAAAAUUACCGGUUCGAUUGAAAUCUGGAAACGUCAUCCCACGUCUCACUUGGCAAUUGGCACGUUCGGCCCCCAUGUAAGCGACUCCUCAAGACAGGUCAAGGUGAUGUUUCUGAUAUCGCUAACUUGCAUAGAACCACUUAAACGCAGAUAAUAGGACCUAUAUAUACUUUCACCUCUCCGAUUUCUUAGACGUCUCCUUUGAAGAGGACCAUCAUGUUGGCUUUAAAUGGGGUCUCUUCCACAGAAAACUAGGGACUUAUAUCAGAGAGUUGGCGGUAGAACGGUAUGGUGCGGCGCUCGAAGCUCGUGAAGGAAGAGCUAAUGUGCUGGACCGUGAUUUCCAACCCUCCCUUGCCGCUAGCUUCACA